AGAGCAUGUAGGAGUUUUUUUUGUCACCAAUUUCUCUGUAAUGAUAAAGGUGUUUGAGCAAUGAAGGCCAUACAGACAUUGCUGAUAGCGAGUUUGACAACAGAGCUUGUCAUAGCAGGAAGAACCUUCAAGUGGAGUCUGUGUCAUUGUAGCUUCAAUCCCUGGCAGAGCUGGAGCCAGUGUACGGCAACAUGUGGGGGUGGGCGUCAGAGGCGUGAACGUUCUGUGCAAAUGUAUACAAACGCAGUUUGUCGAACUUUCGAAGAUUGUGCUUCCAAUGACAAUGGGUUCGACUUUCGGGAUUGUAACAAAAUAUGUAACAACGGCGGUACGAUGGUAGGUUCGUCGUACUGUAGGUGCCCAGACGGAUGGAGAGGAACGUGCUGUGGUGAAAAGGUUACAUGUGGAGACCCCGGAGCUCUGACAAAUGGACAGAGGCAUUGUAAUUCGUUUGAUUACGGCAACAGCGUGACAUAUACGUGUACUCACCUGUACAACAUGACGCGAGGGUCGAGUGUAAGGACAUGUGACAAGUACGGCCGAUGGACAGGGUAUAUGCCUCGUUGCGUUUUCGUCAAUACCUGUCUCAGUAAUCCCUGUCAAAACGGAGGCACGUGUGUAGAUGGCCUAGACAGGUAUGAUUGUCAGUGUUCACCAGGUUGGAGCGGAGUCAAUUGUGAACGAGAUAUUCAACCGCCACUUAUGACUGACUGUCCUUCUAAUAUGAAACUAUUUGUGACCACACCUACCGUCAAUGUUAACUGGUCAAUUCCAGUAUUUACGGAUCCAAUGGGAACUUACUUGAAGUUAACCCACAACUACCCAGUCAACCGCUGGGAGUUUCCAUGGGGCGACUUUACAGUGCAGUACUCGGCUCUGAAACCGUCGAAUGGCCUGAAUACUGAAUGUUUGUUCAACAUAACAAUACGUCCACAUCCAUGUCCUACCCUGAAUGUCCCAACCGGCGGUGCAAAGGUGUGUAAUGGUUGGAAAAGCGACUUCGGGGAGUACUGUAUGAUAUUUUGUGAUGUCAAUCAUGACGUUUAUCCAGGAAUUGACGUCAACCAAUGGUAUGUCUGUGGUGCAAGUGGCGCAUGGAAACCGAGUGCCAAACUUCCAGACUGUGGAG